AGAGUUGCAGGAUCGUGGAAUUUUCCUGUGAUAGUACUGAACUACUGAUAUUGCUUUGUUAAUCCAUGAAGAUGUAAUGACUAGCUACUUUUUCUUAACCGUGAAUAACACUUACCACUUUCAAUUGUGAGAACUGAAUUUCCACAACUAUUCCCAAUAUAGUCCUAUCAUUCCCAUCACUUAUUAAUAUUACCGGCAUCAAAGUGGUUGAAGAGUUGAGCUACCCAACCAAACCAUUUUAAAUUCGAUCUCAGUUCAUCCCUUCUUCAAUGGCUGGUUUCCUCUCACUUCUCAGGCGCCUCUACCUCACCCUUUACAACUGGACCGUUUUCUUCGGAUGGGUUCAAGUUCUGUAUCUUGUUCUGAAGACGUUGAAGGAAUCUGGCCAUGAACAUGUUUACAGUGCUGCAGAAAAGCCUUUGAUUUUGGCUCAAACUGCAGCUGUAUUAGAGAUUCUUCAUGGUUUGGUAGGGCUGGUGAGGUCUCCAAUAACAGCAACAUUGCCUCAGAUAAGUUCAAGGUUGUUCCUGGUUUGGGGAAUCUUGUGGAGUUUCCCAGAGACUCGAACUCAUGUACUCGUUAGCUCCUUGCUGAUCAGCUGGUCUAUCACAGAGAUCAUUCGCUAUCUUUUCUUUGGAUUUAAGGAAGCUUUUGGAUUUGCCCCAUCAUGGCUUUUGUGGCUCAGAUAUAGCACCUUCUUAGUUCUCUAUCCAACAGGCAUAAGCAGUGAAGUUGGUUUGAUAUACAUUGUCCUGCCAUUCAUCAAGGCAUCUGAGAAGUAUUGCAUAAGGAUGCCCAAUACAUGGAACUCAUCAUUUGAUUACUUCUACGCCGCGAUUGUUUCAUUGGGAAUCUACGUUCCAGGUAGUCCUCACAUGUAUAGGUACAUGCUUGCACAGAGGAAGAAAGCCCUCUCCAAAUCGAAGAGAGAAUAACAGCAGCGGUUUUCAUUAAUUUUAGGCCAAACACGGGACACACAGACAUGCCAUGUCUUGGUUUGAACCGACAUGUAAUUCGGCAAACUCUUGCUUUUAUUGUUAAUGUAUCAUGAAAAGAUAACUUAACUAAUUAUUAUGUUCUUCGA